AUGAAGCUUUCCGGUAUAAUAACAGUGGUUCUGGCUCUGUUUCUCUUUCCUACAGCUGUCGGUAUGUCUGAUUUUGUUAAGCAAAAUUUAUUUCUUUAGUUUGAACAACUUUUCCGGUGAAAAUCGAAGAGUUUCUCUACAAACCUGUUGAAAUUACUGCUUAAUAUCCUGAGAAAAAUUUAGGAAAUUGUUUCUUCGAUUAUCCUGUAGAGGCAAAUAAAACUGUACAUUUGCAUUAAUUUGAACAACAGCCCCGAUGAAAUUGAAGUGCUCCUUUUCAAAUAUGUUGCCAUGAUUGACCGAUAUCCCAAGAAAUAUUCAUGAAAACGUUUUGUCAAUUCACUUUGCAGAGGCUGAUACAGAAGAGGACGUUGAACUACUGAUUUUCCACCCCAUCACGAGUACUAAACUGUCCAAUUCUGAUGUCCUUAAAAACCUAAAGAACGCGAACCUCACGCGACAAGGUUUUAAAAAGGGAGUUUCUUAUCAGACCGUAAAGAGUGACGGACGUUCAACCUAUGUCAAGGCAAGCACUGCGAUUUUCGCUUAAUUAACCCCGCCAACUCAGUGGAUUAAAUCAUCCAUUCAAAACAACGCCUCAAAAGCAAAAUUAGGGUUAAUUUCCUCAUUUUUUGAGACCUUCCUUACGUUGUGUCGUUUUACUUUCAUUUCUACAGUUUACAUUUAUUUACAAAAUGCAGAUUGACUUGUUGUAAAUUAAAGCUGAAGAUGAUUUUUUAUCUUUUUCUUAGGCAUCGUACUUCUAUUACAAAUUAAUGAACUGCUCAAGGAUUCCGGAGAUUGAAACAGACUUGGAAAAAUUGAUACCCGGUACUGAUUGAUUAUAUAAACAAAGACAACUUCUGGCUCUGUCAUUAAUUCAAUUUUUGGUUUUCACAUGACGUCAAUAAAAUUCGAACUUCAAAACUAUCGAUCCUUCUGAAAUUUUACUUUCAUGACGUAUUAGAGCAGCUGAAAACUAAUUUUCAUACAAAUUUUCGUUUUGAAAGGGGUGUCAAUAAAACGCAGGGGGAAGGAUCGGGGUCGGGGUCUGUAUAUUUUUUUAAAGAAUGCUGUUUUAUUUAGGGUUGGGGUUAAGGUUAGGUCAGGUAUUAGGGUUAGUGUCAACCCUAACCCUAAAACAGCAUACUUUAAAGAAAAAUUGGACCCCGACCGCGCGUUUUACUCAAACCCUUUCAAAAGGGUUCUUGGCUUUGUGAUAAAGUACGCUUGAAUUUCUACGCUUUUGCGUGACGCUGCAUCAUGAUAUGACGGCCAAGAUCGAGAGAGCUGUCUGCUGUCAUUGUAGGUUUAAAAAGUGACUUAUUUCGAGGAAUUUUGCUAUCUAAACAGUUCAUAUAUUAGAAAGAGUAUUACUUUAAUGUUUAUGAGUUACUCGAGGAAUAAAUUUACGCUUUUGCAGCAAAACUCGGAAAGAGAUGUUUCUGUUGGUUUCCGGCCGCCAUGUUCGUGCGCAUCUGGUUGGGCACCAGCACGGCGUCUUCAUACAAAUCUCUAUAAAUUUGGGUAACACAUUUCUUCAGAUAUCUCGUAGUACUUAUUAGGAAUUUUUGGCUGGGGAUGUGCCACUGGGACCCUGGAAACCUUUACCUAUACCAGAGCUAGUUGAGCGGAAUUUUGCUACCUUACUAGACAAGACUCCCCAAGUUCCCCGCCUCCUAUCCUAGAGUAGCUUUUAGGCUGAGUUGCGUAAAUUUAAACUUGCCGAUUUGAUUUUUUGGAUUUAAAUUUGCGUGGCAAUUCCCGGUUUCCCUAGUCUAGACUAAAAUUUUCAACCAGUUGAUCAGUUUCCGGGAAAAUGAUACCCUUUUCUAGACCCAAACUGUCUACUCUAUCCCAGAGAAAACUGUUCGGAGACCAUACUCUUCACAGCGGCACAUACCUAUAUACCCCGAAUAUAUGGCAGUACCCCCUGGGGGGAGAAAAGUCUUCAAGUCAGAGUUUUUUUGCCUCGAUUUCGGAAAGGAAGUAAGGGGAAAUAAUUAAAAAAGGAAAUGCAUUUCAUUUUUCUGCCCAUGAUAUUCGGAUAUGGUCUCUUCUUUUCCUCCAUCCCUUUUAGUUCACGAUCCGGCCUAGUAAUGCCGCAGUUAAGUUACUGUGCAUCCGGUAGACUUUCAAACAAGUCCUUCGUCCGAUAUAAUAUGGCACGGGACUUGUAGUAAGUCUAUAUAUAUGGAGAGGGGAGCAUAUAUCUUGCACAACUAAGAGAGUUAACAAUAAUACUGUUAUAUGUACUAAUAUUUCUCUCCGGCGGUUAAUUCUUAGGUGUUUUUGGAAAUGAUGUGACAAAUCGGCCAAAAACGGAACUGCAAUACUGGCGUCGUUUGUACAAUAUGCAUAUGGAUCAGUGUAAAGUAGGACUGGAGGUUGUUUUCAAAGAGGUUGACGACACUUACCAGCAAAUGAAGCGUUUUCUCUUUGGCAAGAAAUCAAAAAGUAAAUCCGGUGGGAAAUCAGUGACAGUGGGCCUAAAAGUCAAAGGGAAGGCCAUUGUGAAAGGUGCUGUGAAAGGCGCAGUCAAAGGUGCAGUCAAAGGCGCAGUCAAAGGCACAAUAACAGGUGCAUUCGCAGGCGGACCGGCUGGCGCAGUGGCAGGUGCAACAACAGGGGCAGUGACAGGGGCAGUGAAGGGCGCAGUGAAAGGCGCAGUGAAAGGCGCGGUUAAAGGCGCAGUGAAGGGCGCAGUGAAAGGCGCGGUGAAGGGCGCAGUGAAAGGCGCGGUGAAAGGCGGUGUGAAAAGCGCUGUGAAAGGCAGCCGCCGUCGCAGCACUAGCAGCCGCCGUCGGAGCACUAGCAGCCAC